AUGUCGUUGGAGUCGGUGUUGGAACAACAUCACAUAUCGAGGGAGACAUUGGGAAGCGAACGACUAGACACAACUUCAGUUGAUGCGUUAAGUCAACUUCCAGUGCAUGCCCAACAGUUUACAAAAGUCAAUGCCUCUUACGGGUUUGUCCUAGAAGCAGCCAUUCGGACUAACUCCCCACCAUUAUGUGAACCGGAUAAUAUUGAUAGUCUUUUGGAGGUUAUCGUGACUGAAUUGCAAGAUGUCAAUUGGUUCAAGUCUGGUAGUGAGCAUCACCACCAUUAUUACUAUUAUCUUCGAGUCUUGCGUGAGAUACUAUUGAUUAAGGAUGAUGUUCUUCCAUCUCCAAACAUAAUAGCAGCGUUGGCCAUCCACAGCGAUGCCGAGUGUCCCUGGGGAUCCGUCUGCGACAGUGAAAUAGUGGACAAGACCAUGGAUAAGUUAAAUGCCGUUAAUUUGUCCCACUUUAUAAGGGAAAAGGUCACUCCGGCUUGUGCUCAACUAUCGAAACUUGAGAAACAUACCAAGAAGCAAUAUCAACAACUAUCCGGAAGUUUGCGUCCUCACUUAGGAUUUGGCAGUGGGGUUGGGGUUACCCAGAAUGAAGAAUCCAUUAGAAGUCAAUGGUACAACUCCAAAAACGUAGCGGCCAUCUCCAUGAUCUGGUUCUUAAUCAAAUACAUAAAGGACGAUCAGGAAGACAUGUUGGAAACGAAUUGGUUUAUUAUCACUUCAUUCAUACUUAACCUUACGGAUGAUACCAAUGUGGAGUUCAAAUUGGUUAGUUGUAGACUACUCAAUGAAUUUUUGGAAGUUAUUGGCGGAGACUUCUUGAAGAAAAGAGGUUUAAUUGAACCCUUUAUUAAGUCAUUCACUCCAAACUUAUCAUAUAUUCCUUCCCUUACUCCUGUCGGUGAUAGUUUACGACUUUUACCUCCAAGUUACACUGUUAUUUGUGAGUUAAUCCAAUAUUCCAGUCACAGUCGUCGAGACUUUUUAGAAUUGAUAACUUCCAAAGUACUUUUCUCCAUUAAUCAUGUGAGGGGUAAUAAUAAUAAAGAUGCUUCUGAUGUUGUUGUAUUAUUACUUGAAGAGUUACGGAGAUUAAUCACCGAUUAUGUUGAGCAAGAUAUUCUAGUUUUGCUUUCCAGAAUAAACUUUGUUCUUAGUCAAUUGAUAAUUGAUCCCAUUGAGCAUGAUCCAAGGGUAAUUGUAGCUGCACUUCUAACCCAACAAGCCAUUCUACAACAAUUCGUCAACUCCGACAAAGAAGCUGAAUUACUUGUGUAUGACUAUCGAUUUGACUUCAUGGGUGCUUGGACCGUUCUACUCAAACGGAAGUCAGCUUCCACUAAAGAGCUUUUAGAUAUUAUAAAGGACACUAUGGAUUUACUAUUUCAAUACGCUAACUCAUUAAACCAAGUGGAAACCUGGCAUCUGGAGUUAGACACAAUCAAAUUGCAUGCAACGCAACAACUACAAGAAAUUAUAUCACAGCAGGAGUAA